GGCGCAUCUUAACGUCAUGCUGAUUGAUCACAGUGCAGCUCCCGAGCCGAAGCCGGCAGCAUGACCAGUGCACCACUGCGGCCGGGCCGGAUGCAGGGGCCGAAUAGCUUGCUUAUCUGAAUGGGUCAACACUUACACCACCGUCAUCAGGGUGAGUGCUCAUAAGGCCAGCUUUCCCAGUUAAUAACAUGGCCUCUUGAUCUCAACCCGUCUCUUUCCACUCAUUCAUCCCUCAACUAUCACCGGGCCCUCGAUGGCUACCUCGGCGGGUGGCAAAUGGCCAAUGGCGAUAUCCUCGAUGGUCCCCAAAAAUGCAGGUGAGUUGUCGAGACCCACACCAGCAUAUGCGGGGUCCCAAUCAACCCUUUUGUUUUCUCUUCCUUCUUCUCAGGCGCCAGUUUCGAUAUGCCGCGGUUCUGGCUUCAAGAAUCGAAGCAAGAGAACAUUCAUUUUUGUGAUUGAAUCCUGAUCGCUCAAGCGGUGAGAAACAAAACGAAACAAAAAUACCCAAUCCAUGCUUCAAGACCUUGUAAAUGCAGAUUAGCGAGCCUGCCAAGCCGGCCGUUGUCCGGCGGAUAGGUGGUUGGGGGAUGGUUGGGAAACAGUCUCAACGGAGGCGGUUUUCUGAAGGCAAGGUGCCUAACCCCGUUGAGCUUUUAUUGACGACCUAAGCACUUUUAUCCAACCACUCGGCUGUCCACCGCCGGUGUAGUCGAUCACGAAGUGGAGUCUCCACCAUGAGCUGCCACCUCUGGGUUUUCCCUUCUUAAGCUCACCGCUUGCCCGCUGCCCAAUCUUUCCUGACCUCUCUUUUCUCUCCCUAACCCGAGAGGCCUUUGGGUCUUCUUCACAACAAACUAUGAACAUCAAAAUGUAUUCGGUGCUGUCGGUGAGGCAGCUCCACUGGUACCUCACGCUGGUGGUGCUGCUCACCGUUGGCAUCCAGGCACAUGACAGCGGGGACUGCCUCUCUGUUGCCCUCGUGGCCAUUCCCGAUUGCGCCAAAACCUGCUUUCUGGAGCAGGCCCCAUCUAUCGGCUGCGAUGGCUUGGACUUUGUCUGCCAGUGCAAGAAGCAAGCAGCAUUUUACGCAUCAGUGGAGGCAUGUGUUGUUGAUGCAUGCGAGGCGUCAGAAUAUGAGAGGGUGAUUGAUGGUGUUGGGACUGUGUGCGAGUGUGCUGUCGAUGCCAAAGAUCACGACCAUGCCAGUUCUGCCUCUUUGGACUCGGCAUCGUCGACUUCAUUCAUCAGCUCUCCACCCACGGCUGCACCAUCAGGGGAGCAAUCUGCCCCUCCAGUGGUGAUUGUCACCACUACCACCGACGUGGAGGAUAGUGACGACAGCUCCCCAACAGAGACCACCUCUGCGCCUACUGAGACCUCUCCCCUAGUGGAGGCUGAAAACGGGGCGGACCACACCUCAACCUCGAGACUUGGCCUGAUGGCUACUGUCUUUGGAGCUGCCUUGGCUUUUGCCCUCCUCUGAAUCAGCAAUCUGGUAUGAAGGCCAGACCAGAAAGCUUCCGAUGAACGAUAUACCAGUCAUGAAUGAGACGACAACGACGACCAACUACGAUGACAACGACCACAACGCCACUUUCCUAACGAAUCUGUACGACAUGAUGAUACCCAUACACAUUACCCACGCAUAGUGUUUCACUCUUCUCGAGAAAUCUUUUCCUUGGAUGACGUCUCAUGUAUAUAAAAAGCAUGUUUUUGACCCGAGUGUCAACAACGGAGCUUCUAUGAAGCUUCAUCUGCAGUCUUUUCCUUUGUUUACGUAGUUAUGAUGUCUCUUCAAUAAAUGCACCGCCAUCGUGUGUUGAUGCUUCGUUCAUAUAUCACCUUUUCACCCGAGGCCCUGAAUUAACUGGUUUCGUUGGAUUUUGGAGGGUAGCUACCGUUCUUUGCCUAGUGCACAAGACGAACAAUGGCAUUCUUCUACGGGGCUGCUCCUUGUUCACCCAACAGGGCUGCUUUCCUUAGGACAACGGCAGGCAGAGACUGAGACAAUAGCAUUGUGUUUGGGACGCCA